GGGUUAUCGCUUCUUGGCCUUUGCUUCACCUCCUCUCCAAGGCGGGCGAGACGAGACCUUCGGGAGCGACACGACCAACCCAGGCCCUCGGACGCUCUAAAAUGUGGGAUUGACCUCGCCUGAAGCAUUGAGUAUUCCGAUCUGAUGAUGGCUUGGCUUGUCCAGUGGCGUGGACAGGGGAGGAGAAGGAAAGCUACAUCGAUCCCUGCAGCCAAGAGGAUGGAUUCUGCAGUUACUUCCAACAGUGCCGAGCGCUGGCCAACAUAAAAGCUCUGCUGUGCCGUCCGUUUCUUCCUCUUACCAGUUCUCGAGCCAGAUCAACAUCUCUUGCAAAGUGAUACCUGUGCAAUCUUCACCAAGAUGGCACGACUCACCCAGUACGAUUACGUCUUUGCCAUUGGGACACUGUUUGCUCUUCUUGAUGCUUACAACAACGGCGCCAACGAUGUAGCCAACAGCUGGGCCACCAGCGUCUCUUCCAGAUCGGUCACAUACCAACAAGCCAUGGUCCUUGGUGCUGUAUUUGAGAUGGUUGGAGCCAUCACUGUCGGCGCACGCACUGCAUCCACCAUCAAAAACAAGAUCAUUCCUCUCGAGGCCUUCCAAGACAACGCUGGUGUUCAGAUGCUUGCAUUCACUUGUGCGCUCGCAGGUGCUUCUUCAUGGGUCAUGUGGUGUACACGACAUUCUGCCCAUGUCUCAUCAUCCUACUCGCUCAUCUCGGCUGUCGCCGGCGUGGGUGUCGCGGUCGCUGGAGCCUCUCAGGUAGAAUGGGGCUGGAAUGGUGGCCAGGGUCUCGGUGCCAUCUUCGCCGGCUUGGGUUUGGCUCCUCUCAUCUCCGGCGGGUUUGCUGCGACAAUAUUCAUGCUAAUCAAGCUGGUGGUACACUUGCGAAAGAACCCGGUGCCGUGGGCCGUUUUUACCUCGCCAUUUUUCUUCCUCAUUGCUGGCACGGUCUGCACGCUGUCUGUUGUCUACAAGGGCUCUCCUAAUCUUGGUCUGAACAAGAAGCCCUCGUGGUACAUCGCUUCUGUUACCAUGGGCGUUGGUGGUGGCCUCUUUAUCCUGUCCGCUAUCUUCUUCGUUCCCUGGCUGCACGCAAAGGUUAUCAAGAAGGAUCAUACCGUCAAGUUCUGGCAUCUCCCCAUGGGUCCUCUGUUGUGGAAGCGACCAUUCACAGCCGAUACUAAUGAGCAAGCCAAUGUUCCGGACUAUGCUGUCGUUCAGAAGCAUGACGACGACGAAGGCUCUACUCAUUCACCAGACUCUUUGAGCCACGACGACGUUGAAAAGGUUGAAGGUGAUGUCAAAGCUGGUGCAGGAGAAAAGAGUCUUGCUGAGGUCGAGGCUCAGUCCACCCAAUUGACCUACAAAGAGCGAAUAGCUGAGGCCCAAGCCAAGUUCCACGCACGGCUUCGGAAGAAGCGAGGCCCUCUCGGCUGGGCCAUGCGCACUUUGCACCAGAAUCCCAUCGGUGAAGGCGAGAUCUACGAGCUACGCAACCUCAAGACUUUGAUGAUUCGUAUCCCGGCCAUGCUCGUCGUCGCUGUUCUAUACGGCGUGAACUACGACAUCCACUCUGCUCAGACUGGUAUUGCGGGCACGCCUGAGGGUCGACGUAUGGAGCGGGUGUAUUCCCAUGCGACCAAAUAUCCCAACGAGGUCGAGCACACCUACUCCUUUGUCCAGGUCAUCACGGCAUGCACGGCGUCCUUCGCCCAUGGCGCCAACGACAUUGGUAACGCGGUCGGUCCCUGGGCGGUCAUCUACUCCGCCUGGUCCACUGGGGACGCCGCAAAGUCCAAGGCCGAAGUGCCUAUCUGGCAACUCGCAGUGCUUUCGGCAACGCUUUCGAUCGGUCUCAUCACUUAUGGCUACAACAUCAUGAAGGUCAUGGGCAAUAAGAUCACCUAUCACUCACCCUCUCGGGGCUCUUCGAUGGAAAUGGGAGCCGCUAUCACUGUGCUUUUGUUCUCGCAGUAUUCGCUACCCGUCUCCACCUCGAUGUGCAUCACUGGCGCCACGGUCGGAGUUGGCCUUUGCAAUGGCACGUGGAAGGCGGUCAACUGGCAACGAGUUGGUCUCCUGCUCUUCUCCUGGAUCAUGACCAUUCCGAUCGCUGGCACGCUUGCAGGAUGCAUCAUGGGCAUUGUGCUCAAUGCCCCCCACUUCUUGUAAACAAUCGGUACUCGGCUUCUUCACAUCAGUGAUGUCAAUUCGGCUUCUCUCUCUUACACACACAACCACUGAUCACAAUCAACAUAACGGCAACGUGGCUAAAGUCGGGAAGGACAAGUGUGGCUUUUCAUAGCGCAGGAGGCGCGGUGCGGUUGUGCCCCCCAAGACUCAAGACAGCUU